GGCUGCAGCCGGCACGGCCGGCGCCGAGCCAGCCUCGCGUGGACGUCCCCCGCGGCGCCCGGGCGGGGAAAGGCACCGGCACCGGCACCGGCACCGGCACCGGGACCGAGCAGCGGCGGGUCGCCCCUGCGGGUGCUGCAAGCGGGGACCAGGUGAGCUGCAAUGGCCGGGAGGACGUGACCUGCUGGACCCUUGUCCACCCACCAAGUGGUUCCACCAUGCAGAAGCCCAGCGGCCUCAAGCCCCCCGGCCGUGGCGGGAAGCACUCGAGCCCUGUGGGCCGGACUUCCACGGGCUCAACUUCUUCUGCAGCCACAGCCACAGGCUCCAAGGAAGGCUCCCCGCUGCAUAAGCAGGCUUCGGGCUCUCCCUCGACGGCCGCCCCUGCCCCAGAGAAGCCAGGCCCCAAGGCGGGCGAAGUGGGCGAUGACUUCCUGGGCGACUUCGAGGUGGGCGAGCGGGUGUGGGUGAACGGCGUGAAGCCGGGCGUGGUGCAGUACUUGGGCGAGACGCAGUUCGCACCGGGCCAGUGGGCAGGCGUGGUGCUGGACGAGCCAGUGGGCAAGAACGAUGGCGCGGUGGGUGGCGUACGCUACUUCGAGUGUGCCGCGCUGCAGGGCAUCUUCACACGGCCCUCCAAGCUCUCCCGGCAGCCCACGGCUGAGGGCUCAGGCAGCGAUGCCCACUCUGUGGAGUCGCUCACGGCCCAGAACCUGUCACUGCACUCGGGGACGGCCACCCCACCGCUGGGGGCCCGUGUCCUGCCGCUGCGGGAGAGUGUCCUCAGCAGCGCAGGCAAGACGGGCAACGAGUCGGGCUCCAACCUGUCGGACAGCGGCUCGGUGAAGCGCGGAGACAAGGACCUUCGCCUGGGAGACCGUGUGCUGGUUGGCGGCACAAAGACAGGCGUGGUGCGGUAUGUGGGCGAGACAGACUUUGCCAAGGGCGAGUGGUGCGGCGUGGAGCUGGAUGAGCCCCUGGGGAAGAACGAUGGGGCAGUGGCGGGCACCAGAUACUUCCAGUGCCCUCCCAAGUUCGGGCUCUUUGCACCCAUCCACAAAGUGAUCCGCAUUGGCUUCCCAUCCACCAGCCCUGCCAAGGGCAAGAAGAGCAAGCGUAUGGCCAUGGGCGUCUCGGCGCUGACCCACAGCCCCAGCAGCUCCUCCAUCAGCUCCGUCAGCUCCGUGGCCUCCUCCGUGGGGGGCCGGCCCAGCCGUAGCGGCCUGCUCACCGAGACGUCUUCGCGCUAUGCCCGCAAGAUCUCCGGCACCACUGCCCUGCAGGAGGCGCUGAAGGAGAAGCAACAGCACAUCGAGCAGCUGCUGGCUGAGCGGGACCUGGAGCGUGCCGAGGUGGCCAAGGCCACCAGCCACAUCUGUGAGGUGGAGAAGGAGAUUGCGCUGCUCAAGGCUCAGCAUGAACAGUAUGUUGCAGAAGCCGAAGAGAAGCUGCAGAGGGCCCGGGUGCUAGUGGACAGUGUGCGGAAAGAGAAGGUGGACCUGUCCAACCAACUGGAGGAGGAGCGCAGGAAGGUGGAGGACCUGCAGUUCCGCGUGGAGGAGGAAUCCAUCACCAAGGGUGACCUGGAGACCCAGACGCAGCUGGAGCACGCGCGCAUUGGGGAGCUGGAACAGAGCCUGCUACUGGAGAAGGCGCAGGCCGAGCGGCUGCUGCGCGAAUUAGCGGACAACAGGCUGACCACAGUGGCAGAGAAGUCUCGGGUUCUGCAGCUGGAAGAGGAGCUGAGUCUGCGGUGCGGGGAGAUCCAGGAGCUGCAGCAGUGCCUGCUGAAGUCCGGGCCCGAAGCACCCGAGGCCCUGCGGGAGGCCCUUCGGGAGCGGGCACUCUCAGCCAGCCAGGAGCAGCAGCGGGAACGCGGGCAGCUGCGGGACGAGUAUGAGAAGGCUCUGCGGGCCUACCAGGCCGAGGCCGACCGGCUGCGCGUGGCCAACGAGAAAUACGCACAGGAGGUGGCCGAGCUCAAGGCCAAGGUGCAGCAGGCCACGAGCGAGAACAUGGGGCUCAUGGACAACUGGAAGUCCAAGCUGGACUCGCUAGCCUCGGACCACCAGAAGUCGCUGGAGGACCUAAAGGCCACCCUGAACUCGGGCCCUGGUGCCCAGCAGAAGGAGAUCGGGGAGCUGAAGGCUGUGAUGGAAGGCAUCAAGAUGGAGCACCAGCUUCAGCUGGGCAACCUGCAGGCCAAGCACGACCUGGAGACUGCUGUGCACGCCAAGGAGAAGGAGAGCCUUCGCCAGAGGCUGCAGGAAGCCCAGGACGAGCUGGCUGGGGUGCGGCAGCACUGGCAGAGCCAGCUGGAGGCCUUGGCCGGCCAACACCGCCUGGAGCUGCGCGAGGCCCAGGACCAGGCUCGGGACGCCGAGCUGCGUGUGCAGGAGCUGGAGAAGCUGGAUGUGGAAUACCGCGGUCAGGCCCAGGCCAUCGAGUUCCUCAAGGAGCAGAUUGCCCUGGCCGAGAAGAACAUGCUGGACUACGAGCAGCUGCAGAGGGCUGAAGCCCAGAGCCGGCAGGAGGCAGAGAGGCUGCGCGAGAAGUUGCUGGUGGCCGAGAAUAGACUCCAGGCGGCUGAGUCCCGGUGUUCGUCCCAGCACACUAAUAUGAUUGAGCCGGAUGACAUUUCCGGGGAGAAGCUAAGGAUGAAGGAGGCCCUGGAGGUUCUUCAGGACAAGCUGAACAAGAGGGACAAGGAGGUGGCCUCUCUGACCUCGCAGAGUGAACUGCUCAGGGCCCAAGUAAGUGCCCUGGAGGGCAAGUGCCGGUCAGGAGAGAAACGGGCCGACGGGCUCCUGAAGGAGAAGCGACGCCUGGAGGCCGAGCUGGACACUGUGUCCAGAAAGACCCACGACGCCUCGGGCCAGCUGCUGCUCAUCAGCCAGGAGCUUCUCCGCAAGGAGCGGAGCCUGAACGAGCUCCGGGUGCUGCUGCUGGAGGCGAACCGCCACUCCCCGGGGCCUGAGCGUGACCUGGGCCGGGAAGUGCACAAGGCCGAGUGGCGCAUCAAGGAGCAGAAGCUCAAGGACGACAUCCGGGGCCUGCGGGAGAAGCUGACGGGGCUCGACAAGGAGAAGGCGCUGUCAGACCAGCGGCGCUUCUCGCUCAUUGACCCGGCAUCGGCCCCAGAACUCCUGCGGCUGCAACGCCAGCUGGUAAGCACGGAGGACGCACUGCGGGACGCGCUGGACCAGACGCAGCAGGUGGAGAAACUCUUGGAAGCGCUGAGGAGUCACCCCGACAAGUCCCAGGCCAUCGGAAAUUCGGGUUCUGCCAACGGCAUCCACCAGCAAGACAAGACCCACAAACAGGAGGACAAGCACUGAUCCGGGGACACUUAUGGAGCUGCCUGACCAGCCAAACUGCACCCCUCCAGCCUGCCUGAUGCUGCCCCCUCCAGGCAGGUGCCAAGACUGUCACUUUGGAGCCAGAGAGGGGACAUUAACAGUGACGCGCCAGGCCAGCGCCGAGGACAAUCCUCGUCCCUGCCCACACCAGGAGGCUGCCUCAGGCCUCCUGAGAGCGGUACAGCCCAGCCCCCCGACUUUACUCCAGGCCUGCCAGUUCCUGGGGCUCUUUUGGGGAGGAGGCCCCUUUCCCAGAAGGCGCUGCCUGAGAACCCCCUCCCCCUCCUCCCGGGCCCCUCAGACCCCAAAAAGCCAUUUCCCCCGAGGAGCCCGGCUUCUCCUAGUGGGCACCCAGGAGGGAAGUGCAGUGGGGAUCCCCCCUUUCCUGCACACAAGCCCCCCACUUCUGCCCAGCUACCUGGUAAGGCCCCAGGAAGGGUCUGCAGCUCCACGGCCAGUUACAGUAUUAGCGACCUGCCGACCAGGCUGUCUUUGCUCAACCCCAGGGACCGGGCAGUCCCAGCUGGGCCUCCUCCUGAUCGUACCCAGUCACAGGAUACAGGGCCUGGCCCAGGGACACGCACACCCGUCUCCUCCCAUGCAGCUUUCAAGCCUAUCUCCUGCAGCCAGGAGACUCCCCCGAGGAUCUGGGUCAGAAAAACCUCUCCUGCCCCUCAUCCUGUGCGCAGGCAAGGCUCAGCCCAAGAACUGGGGACCCUGGGGACUGGUGCCCCUGUGUGACCAGAGACUGCAACACAGACAAGUACACA